UUCUUUUACACACUAGAAUGUCGAUGGCCUCAACAGUUUGGCAAACUAUUCUUCUUUCAAUUCUCUCAGAGGGGAAAACGGAUUUGUCAGAGGAACAUCUGCAAGAUAUUGCUCUCCUAUUGGUGGACAAACAGAAGGCUAUAUCUGCUCAAGUUCCAGUUGAUAUGAAGAAACUUUGCAAAGUUAUUAAACAGAGUGAGAAGUGGCGGGAACUAACAAAUCUCCCUCCUAAGAAAAUGGCUGUGUGGAUGCAGAUCAACUGUCCAGAGGCAUUUAGUCUUUUGGAAGACAUUACAAGACGCUAUGCACAUCGUAAUGUUAAAGAGCUGGAUCUAAUGACUACAACGUGGGGAUUGGACAACACACCGCUACUGUCUAUGAUACAGACUUUACUGAGGAGUGAACACUCGAUUCUGGAGAAAGAAACAAUCCCUGAGGUUGACACUGAUGUCGUAGACAAACUGAGAUCCCCUAGGAAGUCGACAACCAGAUGGCUUAUUUGCUGGCUUGCAGGUUUGGCCAGUAGUGCUGCAGCGAGAAGGGAAAUGUCCAAAGACGCAAGCUUGCGAGUAGUCCAUCAGCUGAGGCUAGGCUACAUGCGGUUGGCAACACUGAUGGCCCAGGAAGGUCGCCUACCAACCCCUCAGCUCGUGUGGUAUUGUACUCACUACGAACUUGGCACACUGCUUGGUCCGUCUAAUCCUGCACUGCUGCAUAAAAUCAGCCGCAGACAACGCAGUUGGCAGCAAUGGGAUGAGUUGCAGUUCCCAGAGGUAAUGGUUGGUACACCUGAACCAAUACAGCUGGGAUCCCAUCCCACCAUUACCUCCAGGGAAUGGGUUCAAGGUACUCUGGUGUGCACAGGCAGUGUGCAGGGCCGUGUCUGUGUGCUUCUCUCCUGUACAGAUACACAGUCACUCCAGGCUGGAGACAUCCUCAUUACACACAGCACUGAUGUAGGAUGGACUCCUCUGUUCCCUCUGCUAUCUGGCGUUGUCACAGAACUGGGCGGUCUUAUAUCUCAUGGAGCAGUCGUAGCAAGAGAAUAUGGUCUUCCUUGCAUUGUUGGUGCCACAAACGCUACACUUGUGUUCAAAACAGGUGACAAAGUAUUCAUGGAUGGAAAGAGUGGAAGAAUUCACAAGGUGUUUGAGACUUCAUGAAAGGUAAAUCCUGCUGUGGUUCCUUCUUUUCUAUUGUACUUGUUCUAUUUUAAAUUGUAUUUUGUGUAUAUUUUUACCUAGUGUUUCAUUACGCACCUGCCAUUAGUAGAUUUUAAACCUGGCCAGCCUGUUUUAACUUCUUUAAUAAAUUAUCUUUGUUAUUUUGUCUGUAAAAUAUUUAUUUAUAUUUUAAUACUAUGUAGCAAUUUAUUACGUAGCAAAUAGUGAACUCCAUUAGGCCUACACUGUAAAAUGUUU